AAGGAGAUCAGAGAGAAUAAAAGCUGAUAUCAAACAUAAAUUAAACAGCCAACAGAGGUGAGAAAACACAGACUGAAGUCAGUACAAGGAAGUGACUCCUUACCUAUCACAGGAAGUAGAUUCUGUAUUCAUUUUAAGAAGCAGCACAUUAGAGACUUUGACAGUUGAGAGCAUUAGACCAAGAGAGAAGCACGAUGGUUGAAUUCAGAUGGAUUAUAAUGUCUUUAUUUCUGAUGCUGGCGUUCAGGUUUCCAGGUAAGGAUACAAAAUUCCUCCUUCACACUAACUCUGAACAUAACAGUUAUAUUAAUAUUUCAGUUUAUUUUUCACAUUUCUCUCUUUUUAUCAACAGCAGCAACUCUGCAAUAUUCCUCCUUCACUGACAGAGUUGGAGAUGAAGUCACUUUGUCUUGUGAAAAUGUGAAAGAUGAUCAGGAUAAGUGUAACAGUACUACCUGGCACUUCAUUGGUUCAAGAAACACAGGAAUGCUGUUUGAACGUGGGCAGAUUCACAAAAAUGCUAAAGCUAAAUCAGACAGACUGAGUGUUACAGCGAACUGUUCUCUGGUUAUAAAGAAGGUCACAGUCGAGGAUGUUGGUCAAUAUAGCUGCAAACAGUUCAAAUCAGGACAACAUCAAGAUGCUCAUGUUUAUCUGUCUGUUAUUACCAUGACUGAACAUGAGGAUGAUGAAAAGGUGACGUUAAAAUGCUCUGUGUCUACAUAUGAACCGUGUGGACACACAGUGAAGUGGCAGUUUGAGGGCAAUCAGAAUGAUUUCACAGACAUGAAGAGAUCACAGAAAUCCUGUUCAGCCACUGUCACAUUUACAACGUCUCACUUUAAUCAGAAGUCGAAACAUCAUGAGUUGUUUAAAUGUAACGUGACUGAUGGCUACACUAAAAAAGUGCAGCUCUUUCCCUUCAGCCCUCAGCCCUCAGGUGAGAAACCAGGUUGGUGGUGGCUCAUCAUUGUGUCUGUGGGAGUUGCAGCUCUCGUAAUAACCGUUGUGGUUGUCAUCAGAUGGAAAAGAACUGAAGGGAUCAAAACACAGACGGAUAAAAACACGGUUUGGGGUGAUGAUGAUGAUGAAGUGACCCCCUCACCUUCCCUAUACAGUAGCGCCACCAUCAGACCAACAUGGGAACUUCACAAUUGAGAUAUUUCAUAAUCUCACGGUUUUCUUGGGUGGCAGGUGAGCAACUGUCGACCCAGACCCGGC